AUGUCGACUUACAUCAAACUCGCCGUCUUGGCUAUUGCAAGUCUGAGCAUGGCCAGCCCCAUGCCAGACCCAACCACAAAGGCAGUAGCCGGCGACUGCACCACCACUGUCACGCACCUGGAUCACGGAUUUACCGGCGACUUCAAGCCUACCAGUACCAUUACGCUCUACAACAGCACAGUCACUGUACCCAGUCCCACAGACUGCCAUGGUUGCAGUCAUGUUACUACGACGGAAGCGCGGGCACCGUUCUGGGGAGGUCAUGGACCUCAAGUUGAGAAGGUCGUCUAUGUUUACGCUUCAACGCCAACAACUAUCUCGACACCUGUUUGCGCAACGGCGACGAAAGCCGUCUAG